AUGCCCAGCCCCGUCCGCCGCCCGCCCGGCGCCGCGGGGCCGCCCGGUUUAACGCCGCUGCCGGCGGACGGCUCGGCCCUGCUGCGAGCCGUGGCACAGGCCAAAUUCCGCCUCACCCGCCUCCUCCUCGAAGGGGGAGCCUACAUCAACGAGGGCAACGCGGCGGGGCAGACCCCGCUGAUGGCCGCGUGCCGGGCGGCUUACGCCGACCCCCCGGAGCAGCCCCGCAUGGUGCGGUACCUGCUGGAGAACGGGGCCGACCCCAACAUCCCCGACAAGACGGGCAAGACGGCGCUGAUGCACGCGUGUGCCGAGCUCACCGGCCCGGCCGUGGCCACCGUUCUCCUGGCGCACGGAGCCGACCCCAGCGCCCGCGAUUACGCCGGAGCCUCCGCUUUGGUUUACGCCAUUAACCGCGGCGAGAGGGAGACGCUGCAGGUGCUGCUGGACGCCUGCAAAGCCCGCGGGAAGGAGGUGAUCAUCAUCACCACCGACACCUCGCCCUCCGGCACCAAAACCACCCGCCAGUACCUCAACGCGCCGCCGUCGCCGGGGCUGGAGGAGAAGCGCUCGCCGGGGCUCUGCAUGUCGCCGUCGGACAUCGAGGUGCGGACGGCGGCUUCUCCGGCCGGCAGCGAGAAGGAAGAGGAGCGGGACGUGUUCUGCUUCCCCCCGCCGCCGCCGCCGCCGCCCCCCGGCCCCGAGCCCCCCCGCGCCCGAGCGCGGCCCCUCAAGCGCCUCAACUCCGAGCCCUGGGGUCUGGCGGCUCCGGGCCCGGAGGGGCCGCGGGGACCCCCCGAGCGCCUGGUGCCGGGGCUGGAGGGGCUGAGCCUGGGCGGGCGGCCGCGGCGGCACAGCGUGGAGAGCCGCGAGGCCGCGGGGCUGCCGGGGCCGGCGUGGGCUGAGAGGGUCCCCGCCGCCGGCCCGCACCCGCUCCCGCGCCGCAACACGGCCCCCGACGCCGCCCGCGCGAAGCCCCCUCGCCGGGACCACCCCGACUCGGACGGGAGCCCCUGGGCGCCGUCGCCGCCGCCGUCGCCGGGUCGCCCCCGCUGCGCCGCCCCCGUGGCGCUGCCGACCCCCGAGUCCCCUCCCGGCGCCCGCCGGCGCCCGCCCGGCCUGUUGGAGCGCCGGGGCUCCGGUACCCUGCUGCUGGAGCCCCUGGGCUCGGCCAGGACGGGCUUUUUGCCCCCCCUGCACCCCGGCCCCCACCCGCCCGGCCCCCGCGGGGGGUCCCCCAAGGGCCGCCGCAAGCUGCUGCGGAGACACUCGAUGCAGACGGAGGAGAUGCGGCAGCUGGUCGCCUUCCGGAGCGGCACGGCCCCGGAGCUGGGCAGUUAA